CCCAAACGCCUCAUUGGCAAUGGAGCCCUGUUUCUCCGCCUGCUGCCGCACCUCCUGCGACAGCAGGGGCGGCAGGGCGUCAUUGCCUUUCUGAACUUUGAAAAGGUGUGCGACACCGUGGGCCGGACGUUCCUGUCAGAAGCGAUGGAGGCCGCUGGUGCAGGCCCUAACCUCCGUGGCUGGGUGCACACGCUGCUGGCGGACACACGUGUGCGAGCCCAGAUCCAAGGUGCCCACUCCCAGCCCGUGGCCAUGAUAGCUGACGUACGCCAGGGCUGCCCGCUGUCGCCGCUGCUGUACCUGUUUGUAGCGCAUGCGCUACUAUGCUGGUUACGGCACAAAGGCGUCGGUCUACGGCUUGACCCGACAGAUCUCCAACGUGUGGCAGCAGUGCAGUAUGCGGACGAAACUAAGGCGCUGCUGGAGGGCGAGCAGGAAGUUGUGGCUUUCCUGGCAGCCAUGCACGCCUUCCAGCACGCCUCAGGGCAACGGCUCAACCUAUCAAAGCAGGGCCAGUUACCGCAGCAGCAGCCGCAGCAGCAGCUGCAGCAGCAGCAGCAGCAACAACAGGCUCAAAUACACACGGACACCCAACAAGCGAUUGACACGGCAGUAAUCGACUUGUGGGGUCGCUUAAAAGCAUUCACAGCACUGGGAGUGCCGCGGAAGGGCUGGGAUCAAGUGGUGCGCAGCAUCCCUUCCUGAGAGUAGUAAACGGCCAGUUGCGCUGUCACACAGCUCGGGAAGGGGGAAUCAGUGGACACUGUGCUCCACGCUUCAGUCGGCAGCUGCAGGUGUCAGUGCUGCAGCUGCAGCACUUGGUGCCCUCAAGCAAUCCUGCUGCCCAUAACGAAGGUCAUUCUGACAAAUGGCGUGAGGUGAAAAGCAGCGAGUGAGGAAGGCCGAGUUCAGCUCGAGACUUUUGAG